CAAACUAAAGAAACAGAUCAGAGGCUCUCACAUGUGGGUCUCUGAUAUGUUAUAGUAGUAUUACUUAAGCUCAUGUGGGUUGCGCAUCCCAAGCCUAUUCUGCAUCAUAUCCCCUCUCAAAUAAUUCACCACCAAUUAUUGCUACGUGACCGCAUUCAGUAUCAUCAUCGUCUUCAUCGACUCCUAGCGUUUCCUUGCUAUAUAUACAAAGCUUACCUAAGCCAUCGUUGAUCUUAUCGAUUUUCUUUCCACUAUGUGGAACAACCUACCCGUUGAUCUUCUCUCCAACAUCUUCUUCUUCCUCUCUCCCGACUCUUUUGCUUUCGCCAAUGCAACAUGUCGAAACUGGCAUCAAGCUUGUGCCUACUCAGCCAGCCUCAAGAACCAGUUUUUGUUGCUGAAGCAACUUCACCCUCCAUGGUUCGUAGCAUUGCCUCUUCGAAACAACACCCUUUCUUGCUAUGUUCGCAAUCCAACCAGCACCAACAACAACUGGUAUGAACUCUCUUUAGAUUUCUUACCCCACCCUAUUCGUCUCCUGGCUCAUUUAGACGAAGGGCUCCUCUUAGUCCGGCCCUCCAUCUCCACCGUUCUCCAGUUGGGUCUAUGCAACCCGUUUACACGGCAAUACAAGCAGCUUCCGGUGUUGAACAUCAGAAGAACCAACCCUGCCGUCGGUGUUAUAUCACUCCCAAACACUAAUAAGUUCGAAACAGAUUCAUUUCCUCGAUUCGAAGUCUACGUUGCCGGUGGCAUGUCGGAGGCGCCCCGCGGCGGUGCGACGUACGAGCCGACGCUGGAAAUGUACGACCCUCAGCUAAACGCAUGGAGAAUCGUCGGUUCGAUGCCGAUGGAGUUUGCGGUGAGGCUAACAGUGUGGACUCCGAAGGAGAGUGUGUACUGUGAUGGGGUGCUGUACUGGACGACCUCUGCUAGGGCAUACAGCCUAAUGGGGUAUAACAUUUCGAAGAACACUUGGAGAGAGCUGAGUGUGCCAAUGGCGGACAAGCUGGAGUUUGCAGUGCUGGUUCUGCGCAAUGGGAGGGUGACACUCGUGGGAGGGACGUGUGAGUUGGGGGCUUGCAUAUGGGAGCUUGGUGAGGGGGAAAGUUGGGUGAUGGUUGAGAAGGUUCCGAAGGAGUUGGGGAUGAGGUUUACAGGGAAGAAGGGAAGUUGGGAUAGAACUAAGUGUGUGGGGAGUGAUGGGGCUAUUUUCUUGUAUAGUGACCUUUGGGCAGGAAUGGUGGUUUGGAGGGAAGUCGUAGAAGGGAAUAGUAAUUGGGAGUGGUUUUGGAUUGAAGGGUGUUCGAAGAUUAGAGGUAAACAAGUGAGGAACUUUCAAUUAAAGGGAGUUCUUGUACAUCCUAAUCUUGUACCGUCGGCCAUUUUCUAAUGAAU